CGUUUACGAUGAACAAAAACUAAAAUUUGGUCAAAGAAAUUUUUUUUGGCUACUGAGGAUUUUCCCCUUUUCAGUGGCUGAGUAAUGACAUUGAAGUGUGAACUAAAGAUAAUUAAUUCAUUUUUUUCUGUUAAACAAAACAAACUUUACCCUAAAAUCGUAGCAAAAUUACGCAUGAGAUAUUCUAUCCGUCAGAAAAUCAAGUUGUCAGCGUUUCCCCGCAUUGAUUAAAGAUAAAUUAAUAGAUGAGCAUGCGAUUUGGCCUGAUCAAAGCUGCUAAGUGCUAAUGUAUCCACGUUUAAUAUUAGUACAGUUUAAAGUGUAAACAGCAGGUUCAUAGAAGCAGUUACUCCAAAAGACAUGCAAAGUGCAAAGUGGUAAAUUUUCACGAUAUGUGGUUACAUAAUUUUCCGGGUAUAAAAAUAUAUUAAACGAUUUUUUUUGUUGGAAACUAUAAAAUGGGAUUUUUAAACGUCAAAAUAAUAUUUUGUAGAUAAGUGAAUUUGCUUUCAAACUAAAUAUGAUUUUUUAAAUCUAUGGUAAAUUCAAAAAAAAAAUUAUUAUUUCCGAUUUUACCAUUUUACGUAGUAUAUUGUGAAUAGUAUAUAACCGGUGGACUGAUCACCGCAUGAAAACAUGAAAAUAAACUUCAUAACAGUGGUUUCUUCUGGUGUGAGCAAUUCAUUUGAUAUGACCCGGACGAUUAUUUCGAAGACACCAAAAUAGUCGUUGAAAGCCCGGAACAUCAUAUGAUCCAAUAAUAAAGACGUGUUCCUUCUUGCAUCUACAUGGCGAGUUCGAAUUCUACCAUAGAGAACUAUUUUAUGAUGUGUCUGGAUACUCCGCGAAUAUAAACUCAUGCUUUAGAGUCUACUUAUAUACCAUUCACAUACUGCACUUUUCCUUAAAAUUUAAUCUUGAUUUUUCUAUAAAUCUGCGAUACCCCGGACUAAACAAAAAAAAGUGGUUGUUGAAAGGAAAAGGAUUAUUUUUUAAAAAAAUGUUAAGGACUAACAUGUGAUGAUAAUCUUGGUUUCAUUAAUACCAGAAAAUUAAGAUCUUCGUUUCAUUAAUUAUUUUCAUAUUAUUUGACACCUUGCGCCAUGUAUGCUAUCUACCUACUUAAUAAUGGUAAAAAAUCUAGUCACAUUAAAGCGCCGGUAAUAGAAAAAAAUCAUUUAGUCACAUGGUGAUUUAUUUAUAUAAACAAGUCAAAGAAAGCGGACUGGUUUACUCGGUAAAGAUUAUUUAAUGUCAUAGUUUAAUAUUUCCCACUCUGUGUCGCCACAUUUAUGCCCUAGCUUUCUCUCUAUAUAAGCUCUCUACAUGGCUUUGUAUUUCUCAGAAUACCAUUAAGCCCCAAUUACUUUCUGAGUAUUCAUUUGAUAAGUCUCUUUACUAGGCUAAGUAAAAUGGCAAUUAAGCUUGCACUUGUAGUGACACUCUUACUAGUCUCAUGCGCUAUUUCAAAGGGAAGAUCCCUUAGAUUUUCGACAAAACAACUUGAUCGUUACAGUUUUCCUCCUGGUUUUAGUUUUGGUGUUGGUUCUUCAGCUUAUCAGUAUGAAGGUGCAGUCGCAGAAGGAGGGAGGACACCGAGCAUUUGGGACAACUUCACACAUGCAUAUCCAGAAAGGACGAAUAUGGAAAAUGGAGAUAUAGCCGUUGAUUUUUACCAUCGAUAUAAGGAUGACAUUAAGUUGAUCAAGGAAAUGAAUAUGGACACUUUUAGAUUUUCCAUCUCUUGGUCAAGAAUAUUACCAAGUGGAAAACUAAGCGGCGGGAUAAACAAAGAAGGAAUUCAAUUCUACAAAAAUCUCAUUGAUGAAAUUAUCAUGAACGGCAUAAAACCUUUUGUAACUAUCUACCAUUGGGAUAUCCCCCAAGCUCUAGAUGAUGAGUACGGUGGAUUCUUAAGCCCACGAAUAAUUGAUGAUUUCCGGAACUUUGCAAGAGUGUGCUUCCAAGAAUUCGGUGACAAAGUGGAUAUGUGGAUAACGUUUAACGAGCCAUAUAUUUAUAGUGUUGCGGGUUAUGACAAGGGUAAUAAAGCAAUGGGACGUUGCUCAAAAUGGGUAAACAGCUUAUGUGUAGCUGGUGAUUCGAGCAUCGAACCUUAUUUAGUCUCUCAUCAUCUUCUUCUAGCUCAUGCUGCAGCCGUUGACGAGUUUAGAAAUUGUGACAAGAUCUCACAAGAUGGUAAGAUAGGCAUAGUGUUAUCACCUUUUUGGGUCGAACCUUAUGACGUUGAUUCCGAUGCCGAUAAAGAAGCAGUCGAACGAGCUCUUGAUUACUAUCUUGGUUGGCAUCUUGAUCCUCUAAUCUUUGGAGAUUAUCCAAAAACACUUCGAAAGAACGCUGGAAAUAGAUUGCCUUCUUUCACCCAAAAACAAUCUGAAAUGAUAAAAGACUCGUUUGAUUUUAUUGGAAUAAACUACUACAGUGCUCGAUAUGUCACACGGCAAGUUCGCAGCGACCCUUCGCGACUUCGUUUCACGACGGAUCAACACGUGGAGUACAAAGUGAAAAAUCGAAGCGGCGAUUACAUUUCUUCAGAAUCGGAUGAAUUAGGAUUUAUCUAUGUAUAUCCCGAGGGCAUACGAAAGCUUCUAAAUCAUAUUAAAAAUAAAUACAACAAUCCAACCAUCUACAUAACUGAAAACGGUUAUGAUGACUACGAUGUUGGGACUAAGCCACGUGAACAACUAUUAAAGGACAUAAAGAGAAUCGAAUACCACGAGCAACAUCUUCAAGAACUCCAUAAAGCUAUCACUGUGGACGGGUGUGAUGUUAGAGGCUAUUCCACAUGGUCGUUGUUGGAUAAUUUCGAAUGGGAACGCGGAUACACGAUGAGGUUUGGCCUUUACUACGUUGACUAUGCAGAUGAUCUGAAAAGAUAUGCCAAAGAUUCAGCCAAGUGGUUCAAAAAGUUUCUCGAGAAAAGGGAGCAAUCGACACCGUUGGACAUGUACAAGAGUAUCAAGAAAUGGUUGUCUGCGCUGCAGACGAUAUAACCGAGUCCUUAUCUAUGGGAAAUGAUAGAAAAUAGAUGCAUAGUUGAUACGCACGCAAUCAUGUUUUGUACAAGGUUCAUUUGUAAUUUUUGCAGCAGUACCCCUAGAACAGUAAAUACUGAUCUUUGUACAUGAAGUAUAUAUACUAUUAUAAUAAAAACAGACCUUGUAUUUUAAUAGGUUCCACAAGCUUUUUCUUUCAAUUUGAUAGUUUGAUUGAUCUAGUCAACUACAUUGGUUAUAUUACCAGUAAGAGUUGUGAUUUUGAUUUACAAACAUAUUUAAUUUAUUUAUACAAAGAGUAAUACUCAGAGAAAAAAUUAAGACAAACAAGAUUCAUAUAUAUUUCAUUGUCGGUAAGUCUCACAUUUUACUAUAAAAAAAAUUGGUACGAGUAACUAAAAGUCUAAAACACACAAAGACAAAGAGGAACAAAAAAAAGAUACGAAAUAAUAUAUUUCUAUGAAAUAAAAAAAAAAGUGACAAGAUCAAAUAAAAUAACUAAAUUGUUAUGAGAAAAACACCCUUUAAAUAAAGCAAUAACUUAUUAGUUUAAAUAUGGGCUUCAAUUAAAUGUGAUCUCAGGUGUGGGCUUCGAUCAAAUCCGGGUUUCCAGCUUCCUGCUAUAUAAGAAGAAGUAGGUGGCCCAAAUAAUGUAAUCAGCACUAAAACUAAAUAUGUUGUAUUUUGGCUUUUUCUAAAGUAACUUAAAAUUAGGUUAUUUUAAUCUUAUAAUCCGGUUCAGAUUUUUUCUAGAUUUUUACUAAAAUCAAACCGAUAUUGAAGCUUUUUCAUCUAUUGAUUUGAUGGCAUUAGGUUUUGAUUUAUUGAAUAAAGAAGAAAAUGCUAAAUUUCUAUCGUUAAAAAGUUUCAUUUAGUUUUUAUGUUAAGGAUUUGUUCUUAAAUCAUGUCCCAUACUACUCAAUGGUUCACAAAUAUCUGAGACACAAAACUUGUUCAUCCAGGUCGCAACCGAUGCGUCUGGGGUGGUUCAGGGAUCUAUAGUAUCCACUAUGAAGUAUAUACCGAUUACAAGAUCACUCACUCUUUCUAUCUCCUUUUCCACAGUCUGAAAGAGUAAAAAGAAGAAAUCAAAAGAAGAACAUGACUAGAUCUAAUAUUAGUGUUGUGAGUGCAAAAAAAAAUUUUACGUUGGAAAUUUAGACAAAUAAUGUCUAGUAUAUAAAAAGAUGUCUAACUUUGAUACAUACGAAAUGGUUAAACUUUUUCUCUAAUAGGAAUACGAUUAAGACUCAAAAAUUAUAGUCCAUAGUGAAGACAUGACACUCUGAAACAUCAAGGUAAGUCCCUUACUGGUAAAUUAUUCGAAGCGAUUCAAUAGUCACACCAUGGUGGUUAAACUUCAUAGAGUAAAAUGUACCUAGCUAAUUGUUAGAAAAUAAACAAAAUAACUAAUAAGCAGCAUGAUGUGAUGAAAAGUAAGGUUACAAAAGUCUAUUCCUGCUAUUGAAACUUCAAGUCAAGGCAUGGUCAAUUAUAAUAAGUGUUAGUAUUCAUGAUGUUGUUGUGUUCAUAAGUCUGGAGUCAAAUGAAAUUGUACAUAUGUAGGUGGUGUUUGCAGUGUGUAACGCAAAGUUUCCACGAAUAUUUAAUUACUGUACGAGGACCAUUCAAAUCAAUAGAACUACACUAAUACUUUUCCGUGUCAGCUAAAUUAUAAGGAUGUUCGUUUCUAUUUUCCACAGCCAUGUUCCACGUUGAAUGGCUCUAUGCUGGUUGCCAACUUGCCAGUCCACAUCGAUAGGUGGAAAUAGGCAACGUAAAAUCAACGUUUGAUCAGUGGUGUUUUUAUACUUUGUUUACAGUAAAGUUCAUUGACCGUUAAAUUACAUUUCCCCCCAUUCUCAUAAUUCGUUAGCUUAAGUAGUUUUUGUUACAAAGCUUACGUCAUGGUACCUGACCUCAUUUAUAACACGGGCCCUUAUAACAUUCAAUUCUGUAAUAAAAGUAGUUGAAAGACCACAUGUCAGUUUAAAAAGAAGUUGGUGAGAGCAUGAUAAUUUUAAUAACUAGUCCUUGUGUGUUCAUUUUUUUCCUAUUGUUAAGCUAAGGAGAAUAGUCUAAAGAUUAGUACUGCUUAGAUUCCGUAAUUAGUAAAGCCUCUCUAUUUUAACAUAAUACACCUCUCAAUAAAAUCUUACUUUUCGAAUGCGCGGUUAUAUUUUGACUGCUUGACCUCUAUCUAUCUCAGCAUGUGCAUGUCCCCCUCCCCCCCCUCUAUAGUCAAGUAAUACAUGCGCAGAAAAAUUAAAAUAAAAAGGCUCCAAGAAAAUUCAUAUUCAAACUCAAGCAACGUGAAUACUUAGAGAUAUGUUAAGUUAAUUUAUGCAUACAUUCACACAGCUGUUGCCAAGUCAUGGAUCUAGUUAUCUUAAUUUUCUAGCUGGUAAGAACGUUAGGCAAAUAACAUAAAUUAAUUUUCUAAAUAUAGAUAAAAUAAAAUAAAACUCGUGACUCUAAUAUUUGAUAAAUUUUUAAACAUGGAGACUCGAAAUAUUGAUAAAUAUUGACUCAGAAAUAUUGAUAAAUUACAGCGUUAGAGUAUGUGUUUUUCGAUUUUCCUUAUAUAAUAAUUUGUUUUUGGUCAUGCUAAAAUAGAAGAACUGAUGUGAAGUAUUUCUUAGAUAUUAUUUGCAAAGUGAUUUAUACAUGUGUCACUUUUAUAUUCAUUCUUACUAAAAAAUGAUAACAUGACAUCCAUUUAAAUAUAACAUGGCACAUACCUAAAUACGACAUGUAAAUUCUUUUAAUAAAUAAUACUAUUUUUGGUAAAAUUUGGUAAUGGCUAGUAAAUUUUAUAUCAUCAUUAAAGUAAAAUUUUUAUAUAUUUUUUUAUUUUUGGCAAAAAAAUUCAAAUAUCUAAUAAAUUGAUAUAUUACCAUUAAAAUAAAAUACAUAUCACAUUCAUAAAAAAGUAAAUAUAUUUACAACUAUUUUUUACAUCAACUUAUAUAUCAUAUAUAUAUAUAUAUAUAAUCAAAAUUAAUUGUAAAUGUACAUUAACAACUUAAAUUCAUCGGUUCCUUAGAUUAAUUAGCAUAUUAUUUUUUUACCAAUUUAACGUAUUUUAACUAAAACCAACACAAAAUAAAUAUUAUAAAAAAAAUUAUAUAUUUAAAAAUAUAUAUUUAAGACUAAAUAAUAAAGAAAUAAUUAAAUUAAAUAAUAAUUAAAUACAUUAUAAUAGAAAUAAAAGUAUAAUUUUAAUUUUAUUAAAAUUUGAAUAAAACUAAACAGAGAAACAAAUAAACCAAAUAAAAAAAACAAGAUUGUAUUUAUGGAUUUUUCUGAACCAGUAAAAUUAAACUAUAAAAACAAUAAUCUCAAAAUUUAAACUUUUUUAAAAAUUAAUAUUAAUAUAUAUAAAUUAUUGCGCAGGAAAACUCUUAAUUUAACAUUAAAACUUGAGAAAACUGAUUUAAGAUUUAAGAGCCAGCCAGGAAGUCAAACUAUUGUUGCAGAUUGUUUCACCAGUUCAAUUUAUAACUUUCUUUUACCGGUAUUGGGCCGUUUGUAGCCGCCGAAAAGCAAAUAAAAAGGUGAAAUACUUUUGAUUUUACUUUUCAACAAAAACUUUAUGAUUUUAUUAGUAGCAGACAAACAGUGCAAAAGGUGAAAUGCUCUGGAGAUCUGCUUAGCAUCCCAAUGAUGCCACCGGGGGAUACUGCUUCGGUAACCAACCAAAUCCUGGUAAAAUUCUUGUUCAGAAACUUAAAAAACGAACACAAAAUAUGACAUUAUAAACAACAAUCUUAAGAAACUCAAGGCCACAACAAAACAAACUUUUCUAAGGGAGGUGUCAAGAACCAUAGUGUCCAUAAUCUGGACGUGACGAAGGCAGAGUCGCCGGAACUGUUCUUGAUUUUUAGUUAGGUUGAUCCUUGUGUAGUUUUUUUAAUGUACUCUAGUAUUAGUACCCAAAAUAUUCUCCGCAAGAAAAAGAUGAAGAGAUGCGAUAAUAUGAAAGUUAUCUACAGUAAUCAAACGUUAAAAUAGUGUACAGAAUAAAGUUAAGAUAAAAUAAGUUACAAAAAGAAAAAGUUAAGAUAAAAUUUAUAGUGAUUGAUUUGUUUGGUUUCUUCUUCAAUACAAAAGUAAAUGAGUAAAGAAAAACAGAGACUGAGAAUCAAACUACCAGCUACUAUCUGCUACCAUGGCACCAUAUAUAUUUAAGGGGAAAAAAGAGUUCUGAUCAGAUACUUCUUAAACAUCACGAAAUCGUACAAAGUGGUUACUGUUAUGGUAUGAAAUAUGUAUGACCGCAGCAACAUGCAACCAUUACAAUUAAUCAAACUCAUAAAAUUAGCAAGCGGUUAAAAUCUAAGAUUUGAAAAAUACUCCAUCUAUUUCACAAUAAUAGUCAUUUUGACAAUUUUUCAUACAGAUUAAAAAAUAAAUAAAAUAAAUUUUUAUUUUUAUUUAUUACAUCUAUCUAAGCAAUAUUAUUUAAGAUAAAUAAAAUUAUUUACUAGAUCAAUGAAUUUGGUAAUUAAUAUUAAAAUUAUAGCAUGGAUAGGAAUUAUAAAAUAACACUAUUUAUGUAACAAAAAAAUUCAAAAUGACCUUUUUGUUAAUCAAUAAUGAAUAAAUAUCAGUCAUCGAAUAUUUAUCUAGAAUUCUAAGCGUUUAAUCAAGUUGGAUUACCAAAAGGUGUUACUAAAAAAAAAAGGUGUUACUAAAAAAAAAUUUUGCACUCUUUGUGAUUAGCAAGCAUUAACUAAUAAUUUCUCAAAAAAACAUUAACUAAUCAGUUAUAUUACCCUUGUAUUGAACAGUCAUUUUGCUACAGUAAGACUAUUAUAUAGUAUCCGUUGGAAAUUUUGAUCAAAAGCUGGUUCAAAGUCUAGUGAACAAAAUGGGCCAAAGCUUUAAACAUCCCGAUAAACAGAUACGUACGAACAAAACUAAACAUUUGUUAAAUGUGAGUUGGUUCAUUUACUACGCCAGCGUGAACAAUACUGGAGAUAAUAACCACAAUAAAAAGUCUAUCGCUAGACUUAAUAUUUUGUUUAGUUUGGAUCCUAGUUAAAUAUUAGAUUCCUUAUAUAAUAUAAAAUAUUAAUACUCUUCUAUUUUAAAUAAAGUUUUAGGUUCAAAUAAAACUGGAGAUAAGUGCGUUGCGAUUCAAAUAGUAAAUAUAGGUAUGUAGAAAUUUUUGAUAUUAUUGACGGCGGUACGGUACAAGGCAGUUAAUUACCAUUCAGAGCCUUAAUAUAUAGAAAAUCCGGCCUUUUGAUUUAUAAUUCAACAUAAAUGUAGUUUUUUACAAUAAAUUUGGAGUUUUUUUGGAGUUAAUUUAAAUAAUUUGAAUUUUAGAUUAAUGAAAACUAUCCUAGAUUUUAAUGAUGGGUUAAGUAGAGUCUUGUUUGUGUUUUUUCAUGUCAAGUAACAGAAUAAUCCGUCAUAUUUUUUUUAAAAAAAAAUCCGUCGUAUUUAUAUAUAUAGAUAAGCUGCCUAUUAUAUAUUUUGUUAUGCGGGUAAAUCUUAUUAUAAAUCAUUUGAUACUGCAAAUAAAAAAUCGUGUUCUUAUAAUAAAAAAAAAAGAAAGAAAAAA